AUGAAACUGGGGGAUUCGUACGAUUCUCUUGAAUUAGACACGUUUCUAAAGUUUAUUUCAAAGCAAAUUAGAGGUCUCGACGACGAUAAUCCUUCGACUUCAAGCGAUAUUGUAUCCGGAAGGUCGUGUAACUUUAAGGCGAAAAUUCAUACUGCGAAUAACGCGUCCGUACAAGAUUCCCGGAAAUGCCCGGCUUGCUCGGAAAAACAUUUACUCUUUCGAUGCAAUCAAUUCGUCCCCUUGGACAUUGAUCAACGUUUCGCCCUAGCAAAAAAGUUAAAAUGUUGUACGAAUUGCUUGCGACUCGGUCAUUCCGUCAGCGCGUGUAAAAAUCCACAGAAAUGCUUUAAAUGCGACAAAGCACACCAUACGUAUUUACAUCGCGAUAACAAGAGUAAUGAGAGCACGCCGUCUUCCGACAAUCGCUCCGCUGACGCAAGCGUAGUAAAAACACAAAUUGCCAGUCCGACAGUGCUCACUGCGUCAACGUGUCUACCGAAAAAUUCUACCGUGCUCCUCACAACCGCGUGGGUGAAUUUGCGUACCCGCGAAAAUCGAAUAGUACGAGUACGCGCGUUACUCGACCAAGGAGCUACUCAUACGUUUAUCACGGAGACAUUGGCUCAAUCGCUGCAUACAUCCCGCCAACGGACGACUUUGCCCGUGACGUGUUUCGGCGAACGAUAUUCCGGCACGGCGAAAACGAUGAUACGACUUUCGCUCGAGCCGUGCGUAACGAACGACAUUUUUCUCCCAGUCGCGGCCUACGUGUUUAAUCGGAUCACGUCGUACGGUGCUUCGAAACGUAGCCGAGUCCCUGACUGGCCGCAUUUACAAGGACUUGACCUCGCUGAUGCUGAUCCCACCGAUCGGACUCCGAUACAGAUAUUAAUCGGAGCGGACCUUUACGGAGCCACAUUACUAGAUGGCCUUCGAAAAGGUCCGUUCGGCAGUCCCACGGCCCAGUCAACGAUCUUCGGUUGGAUUGUCACUGGCCCUUCUAGUGAUAUCGAUUCCAAUGCAUCUGUUUGCGUGGCAACUGUCAAUACUAUGGACGUUGACCUCAACCAAAUUCUCGUACGAUUCUGGGAGACUGAGGAAGUUCCCAUGAAACCGAGCUUUACCGCGGACGAGGAGAAAUGCGAGCAUCAUUUCUGUAACACUCACGCGAGAGAUGAGAGCGGGCGAUACAUCGUUUGCCUUCCCUUUAAACAAUUUCCGCCACGUAUUGGAGAUUCACGCUGCAUCGCGACUCGAUUGUACGACAGACUCGAGAGACGGUUAUCGCGCGAUGCUAGUCUCGCUACGUCAUACGAUGCGUUUUUUCAGGAGUACCUAGACCUGGGACACAUGGAAUUGGUCACCGGUCCAGAAUCGUCUCACGACCCCGUCGUCUACCUACCGCAUCACCCCGUCGUGAAGAGCGAAAGUUUGUCGACUAAAUUGAGGGUUGUAUUUAACGCGUCAUGUGCUACAUCGAAUAAAACGUCCCUCAAUGACCAUCUUUAUACAGGGCCCAAGCUGCAGAAUAAUCUGAUGUCUAUACUAAGCAGAUGGCGACAACAUAAAUACGUAUAUCUUGCCGACAUUGAGAAAAUGUUUAGACAGAUAAUGGUGCAUCCCGAGGAGGCCGAUUACCAGCGCAUUCUGUGGCGACUGUCGUCACAGGCGUCUCUCCAGUCGUACCGUCUACGUACCGUUACGUAUGGCACCGUUCCCGCUCCAUACCUCGCGAUACGGGUAUUGCACCAGCUGGUCGAAGAUGAAGGUCAUCGAUUUCCUCUUGCUCGUUCCAUUCUGCUACACGAGAAUUAUGUCGAUGACAUUUUAUUUGGUGCCGACGAUAUUGACACGGCCAAUGCCAUGAGAAUCCAAUUAGUCAAUAUGCUCGCGGCGGGCAGAUUCUGUCUGCGUAAGUGGGCGGCCAACGGUACCGAAAUGCUCGAGGAUGUGCAGUCUAAUGAUCAAGCUAUCAACAUGGAUCACUCCUUAGAAGAGGAUAACAACAUCAAGGUCCUCGGCAUUUCAUGGUUGCCACAAGAUGAUUCCUUCUCCUUCCACAUAUCGCUCCCGCCUACUGCGGUAGCGACCAAGCGCUCGAUUCUUUCGGUUAUCGCCAGAAUUUUCGACCCUCUGGGGUGGGCUACGCCGGUAGUCAUUGUUGCUAAGAACCUAAUGCAAGAGUUGUGGAUUAGGACAUGCGGCUGGGAUGAGCCGCUUCCCGCGGAUCUCAGCAUACGUUGA